AUGAGCUCAUCUGCAUCUAAAGAUAUGUUCUUGUUCUCAUCAGACUUGAGCGACGAAGAGGACAAAUUGAUGUUGUUGCUCACCAUCGAGGAGGAACAGCUUGCUGCCCAAGGUCGCAGCCAUCAGCGUAGCUCCGUGCCAGGCCAUGCGGUCAUAGACCGUGGGCACCAGGAAGGUGCUGCCAGGCUAUUUUGGGACUACUUCGCCAACAGCCCAGUGUAUGGUGAUACAUUGUUCCGUCAUAGGUUUCGGAUGAGUCGGUCAUUGUUCUUGAGAACUUCCACUGCUAUGGAGCACAACGACCCAUGGUUUCGGCAGAAGAGGGAUGCCACUGGGAAGCUGGGCCUAAGCCCCCUCCAAAAGAUGACAAUUGUUAUACGGCAACUAGCGUACGGAGUCAGUGCAGAUGCAGUGGAUGAGUAUAUUUGGAUAGGGGGUAGCACAGCAAUGCUCGUCCUGACAAAGUUUGUGCAAGCUAUUGUCUUGCUUUUCUCCAAUGAGUACCUCAACGCUCCGACUGCAAAGGAUACUGCUCGACUAUUAGCCAUUGGCGAGCAGAGAGGGUUCCCCAGAAUGCUGGGGAGCAUCGACUGCAUGCAUUGGGUUUGGAAGAACUGCCCGAAAGCAUGGCAUGGCGCAUAUACCGGUCAUAUGCGCAAACCCUCCAUAGUUUUGAAGGCAGUUGCAUCUAGGCUCACGGACGGGACUGCGCCUCCUGUGUCGUACACCAUUAACGGUAACACAUAUGACAUAGGCUACUACCUAGGUGAUGGAAUUUACCCCAAAUGGACGACCAUAGUGAAGCCAAUUUCAGCACCAAGGGUGAACAAGAGCAUGCAUUUCUCCGGCAUACAAGUAGCAGUCCAGAAAGAUGUUGAAGGUGCAUUUGGUGUCUUGCAGUUGAGGUUCACCAUAAUUCGCGGCCCAACAAGUGUUUGGAAUCAAAGCACGCUGCACAGCAUUAUGACCGCAUGUGUCAUAAUGCACAAUAUGAUCACUGAGGAUGAGAGGGGCGGCGCCAAUGUGGAGGAGGUGUACAACUAUAUGGGAGAGAAAGCGACAAUGCAUCGCGAUCCAGACCAAGUCGUCCUCCGUACAUCGAAGUCACUGAAGCAAUCAAGAACCGAGCAUUGCACCACCAACUGCGUGAUGAUCUCGUGGAGCAUCUAUGGAGUUAUCAUGGAGCACAGUAGAUCGGUCAUCACGUUCCAUCUAGGACAUGCAUCGUCGUUGGCAUGUCAGGCAUCAUAA